AUGUACCUCAAAACGAAAAGGGUCCACCGCUGGUCCGGCAUUCAAGAUCCCGUCCAUGGGUCCCUGUUCGUCGUCCUUGCGUCGGGCCGCGACAUCGCCCACAAGGCCUUUGAGUCGCCCGCGUACGCCGAGCCGUGCAUCGUGCCCAUCGCCAAGGGCAUCUUCGGGGGCUACAUCUCCCAGAACGCCGUCAAGAAGAUUGCCGACGACUUCUACCUCGUCACCGCCUUUUUCAAGCUCGUCAACGUCCCACCGUCCGUGUACGUCCCCUACACCAAGGUCUGGCGGGGGAGGCGUGUGGCCGACGCCACCAACAUUGCCAAGGGCGCCGUGCCCAACUGCAUCGUCGACCACUGGGUGUUUUACAUGAUGGAGUCGCUGACCUGCACCGACGCCGUCGUCAAGGAGCUCCUGCGCCUGCGGCCGCCCGUCAUCUUCGUUUCUACCGUUGUGUGGGUGCAUGGGUAA